GUGUCAAUAAAAGGACAGUUUGAAAUGGGGAGGAGGUGUUGACUCCCUCGAAGGCAGACGGGCCCCGCAGAGAGACCUGGACAAAUCGGAGAGCUGGGCAGUCACCAACUGUGUGAAGUUUAAUAAGGGCAAGUGCCGGAUUCUGCUCCUGGGAGAGGGCAACCCUGGACGUACGUACAGACUGGGGAGUGAGGGGCUGGAGACCUCAUUUCCAUCGGCCUGGAGUUCCUGGUGGAUGGAAAUUUAAAUGACUGAGACCACAUGCAAGCUGUGGCUGGCCGGGGGACUCCUCACCCAGGAAAUGGAAAAGCUGAUUGUUUGUGUACACAAAAGGCCAGAUGCUCUCUUUAGACUGAUUUGCUUUCCGUGGGCUGGAGGUGGAACUUCGCAACUUGCUCAGUGGGGCAAACUCUUCAACGACUCAAUUGAAGUGUGCUGUAUAAGGUUUCCUGGAAGAGAAACUCGUCUUGAGGAGCCUUUUGCAAAAGACAUGACAAGCAUAGUUAAUGAAGUUACAAAUGUUUUGUUAAAAGAAUUGAAAGAAAAACCAUUUGCAUUUUUUGGUCACAGUUUUGGAUCUUACGUGAGUUUUGCAGUUGCACUUCAUUUGAAAGAAAAGUACGGACUGGAGCCGGUCCAUCUUUUCAUAUCAGAGGGACAUGCCCCACACUCUGAAGGAUUCCGUGCUCUGAGAAGCUUACCCGUAUCUGAUAUAAAAGAUGAAGAAGUUAUUGCACAGCUACAGAUUCUAGGAGGAAUUCCUUCUGAGCUUCAGCCUAAUGAAGACAUUCUGAAACAAAUGGUGCUUACUCUCAGAGAAGACUUUGCAGUUCUUCAGACAUUUUUAUUUGAGAAGGCAGAAAUGGAUAUCCCCUUCUCUUGUGAUAUUACCUGCUUUCAUGGGUCUGAUGGUGAGGUACAUGAUGUACAAGCUUGGCAAGAACUAACGAGUGGAGAUACUUCCUUUUAUGAGCUUCCUGGAGGUCACUUUUAUCUUCUGGAACCGUCUAAUCAAACAUUCUUGACGAAACACAUAACAAGAUGCAUAGAAAAUGCUGGUCUAUGAGUAUUUCCCUCAAUAACAGAAUGUUAGUCCACUGCAAUUUGUAGUAAGUCAUUCUUUCUGAACAUUGCUUACAGUUAUGCCUAGAAGUUGUUCUGUUCCUCCUCUGUAAUCCUUUAAAAUGGGGAGUUUUCCUGAUUUUUUUGAAAACAAACAAUGGUUUUGGGUCUUAAAAAAGGUUUCAUCUUCUCCUCCUUCUCUUGCAUGUGUACAAACUCUUCACUUUAUUCCAUAACCUUGUUUGCAAAAAAAUUAUGUCUAUG